AUGAAGCUCACCCCCGAGCUCAUCCAGUCCGCUCCCUCCCACCUCAAUCCGGUCAAAGAGCGGCAGCUGGACUUCCGAGGCUACACCAUCCCUGCCAUCGAAAACCUUGGUAUAACUAAGGACCAGCAUGAUUGUAUAGAUUUUACGGACAAUUCGAUCCUUGUGUUGGGCAACAUCCCCCUCCUCCGCCGACUACGAACACUCCUCCUCGCGAACAACCGAAUAUCCUCCAUCUCCGCCUCGCUCCACCUCUCUGUACCCAACCUCACCACCCUUGUACUCGCGAACAACAACAUCGCCGAGCUCGGGGACCUCGAGCCGCUGAAGGAUGUCAAGUCUCUGCAAUACUUGUCCCUGCUAGGGAACCCCGUGCGGGAAAAGAAGUGGUAUCGGGAGUGGCUUGCCUACCGUGUGCCCAGUCUGAGAGUGCUUGAUUUCCAGAGGAUCCGCGACAAGGAGAGGCAGGCAGCGCGCUCCCUGUUCUUGACGGCGGACAACCUCCCCACACAGCUGGCGACCACCAUCUCGCAGACCGUGUCCACGCACUCAUCGAAAACUGCCGUCACGUCGGAUGAGCCUAAGCCCGCGAGCCACGGCAAGGCCGGGAGAUUGAUGUCGAAGGAGGAAGCGGACAAGGUGCGGGCAGCCAUCGCGAGCGCGACGUCGGUGGAGGAGAUCAGGCGGCUGGAACGGAUGUUGAAGGAGGGCUUCAUGCCUGGGGUGGAUUCAGUCGGUGCAUGA